UGUAUGUGUGUGUGUGUGUGUUAUAUCUAUAUAUGUUGAUACAUACAUAUCUUUACCAAAGAUUACUCUAAACACCUCCAAUAAUAUUAUUAUUCCAUUGAUUCCCAAAUUAAACUCAUAGCUAUAGUUAAGCGAUCAUGAGUAGCGGCACAGAAGGCAAAGUUUUCACAGAAGAGCAGGAAGCUCUAGUGGUCAAAUCUUGGGCUGCAAUGAAGAAGAAUGCUGGAGAAUUGGGUCUUAAAUUCUUCCUCAAGAUAUUUGAGAUUGCGCCAUCUGCCAAGAAGCUGUUUUCUUUUUUGAAGGACUCUCCUGUUCCGCCGGAGCAGAACGCAAAGCUCAAGCCACAUGCUAUGACUGUCUUUGUUAUGACAUGUGAAGCGGCAGUUCAACUUCGGAAAGCCGGCAAAGUAACAGUUCGAGAAUCAAACUUGAAAAGACUUGGUGCUGCCCACCUUAAAUAUGGCGUUGUAGAUGAGCAUUUUGAGGUCACAAAAUAUGCACUCUUGGAGACCAUAAAGGAAGCAGUGCCAGAAAUGUGGUCCCCAGAGAUGAAGAAUGCAUGGGGAGAAGCUUAUGAUCAAUUAGUUGCUGCUAUUAAGUCUGAGAUGAAACCCUCCACUUAGAAUUGUUUUGUAAAACUUGUGUUGUAAAAAAUUUUCUUCAAAACCUUGGAAACAAGACUCUAGUAGUGUCUUUGAGAGAAAGGAUAUGUAUUUGCUUUUUUAUGUAUCGUGUUUUAAGGUAUGGAAUAACAUUAAAAGUUUCAUUAGUUUCCUUCAA